GGUUCCCCAUCCUCGAUCAUCCAAGAUCAACGCGCAGCAACCCGGACAGCACUUCCCACUUCGCGUCGUCGAUACUGCGCCGUUUUCAAUACAUCCUUUAAAGGCCACAACCAGCCCACCGGGGCGGUCAGCGGAUCCCGAAGCUCAUUCCUACGCUCACCAACGGCGAUCGCCAGUCAAUUGAAAGGCCUCCAGCGCAACCUCUGUCGACGAUCAAGAUGGCGCCGAGUAAAAUCAAUGUCCUGAUCACGAGCUUCGCCGGCACGGGCCUCCCUCCUACCCUCUCCCUCGCCCUGCCACCAGCAACACCCAUAACCACCCUCCUCGACGAACUCGACAGCCGCCUCCCCCCAUCCGCCACAACAUCAACCACACGCCUGCUCCUAACAACCCUCUCCAACCGCUCCAUCCCGCUCACCUCCACCCUCCCCCUCUCCCACUACCUCUCCACCACCGAAGACUCCCCCCCCACCAACCACCACCACCACCAAGAUGCCAGCACCACCACCAUCCUCCCCCUCCGCCUCUCGGCCCCCUUACCCGGCGGCAAGGGCGGAUUCGGGUCGCAGCUGCGGGCGGCGGGCGGGCGCAUGUCGAAGCGCAAGAAGGGCGGCGCGGGGUCCGCGGAGGAGCACGGGUCGUCGCGCAACCUGGACGGGCGGCGGCUGCGCACGGUGACGGAGGCCAAGGCGCUGGCCGAGUACCUGGCCAUCAAGCCCGAGAUGGACCGGCGCGAGAAGGAGGAGCGCCGCAAGCGCUGGCAGGAGAUCGUCGAGACGACCGAGCGCCGGCAGGAGGAGAUCAAGUAUGGCAGUCGGAAAGUGGGGCUGGAUGGGAAGUGGGUGGAGGACCGCGAGGAGGCCGGCGAGCGGACCCGUGAGGCGGUGUUGGAGGUUAUGCGGAAGGGGGUGUAUCGGGAUAAUUUGGUUGGGGAGCGGGCUGCUGCGGGGAGUGGUUCGUCGGCGGAUGAAGAAGGGGAGGAUGAGGUCAUGCAGGAUGGCGAGGGGGAGGAGAGUGGGAGUUCGAAGGCGACCACGCCUCCUUCGGAACCGGAGCCGGCGCGUGAUGUCAAGGGAAAGGGGAAGGGGAAGGAAGUUGUGAAUGGGAAUGGCAAUGGGAACGGGAAUGGUCAGGCGAGGAAGUUUGUUGGGUUUGAUGAGGAUGACGAGUUUAUGAGCUCGUCCGACGAGGAGAGUGAAAGCGAAACAGCGAAAGCAUAAGGGGAAACCAGAGGUGGCUGGUUGUAGUAUUAUUGUGCUGGUUUAAGAGCUUCUCGUGUUGGACAGAGCACUCUUGGUCAAGGGCUACGGUGGCGUUAAGGAUUCUGCAACGGUUUACAGAAAUUGAUGAUACCAGUCACUUUGC